AUGUUCAUGUGCAACCGAGCCCCCGGCCAAACAUUUUGGCCGCUGCUUCUGGGCUCCGUCGAGGAAGCGAUCGGCCUCGGCAUCUUGACCUGGGCCGUUAUGGCGAGCCGGCCCAAAAUUGUCUCUGGCAUGAUGGUCGUGACCGGCGCUGGCACUGGCUCGCGCUUCAUGCCUGCUUCAAUACAUGUUGCUGGAGUGUGGCCUGAGAGAUUGGCACCAGCCAUGUCGCUUAUGCGUUUCGCAAUGCCCUUUGGAGGCACCCUGGCGUUGACAAUCAUGAACGCCAUAUUCAACUCCAAGUUCACUUCAGCAACCUCCUCUCUUACCUUACCAACUGGUAACGGUAACAGUGGCGGAAUCAGUGCCCAGGACACGCAAUCGCUAGACACCAUUGGGCAACUACCCAGCGCGUUGCAGGCCACAGUGAGGGCAGCAGGUCGCGAAGCAGUUGGAUGGGCCUUUAUCUCCAUUCUGCCGAUACUCGGGAUCAGUGUUCUUGCUUGCUUCGUUCUCGGCAAUGUCUGGGUCAAGGCCAAAAAGGACAAAUCCGCCGGCUCUACAGUUCCUGGUCAAGGGUCAGGUAGCCAGAGCAGCGAAAAAGAAGCUACUAGGGCCAGCGCAGUAGUCCAUGUCCCAUAUCUCUACGCUCUGUUAAAGGUAACUAUUCUCAUUCUUUUUGUACCCAGUCGGGAAUUUCUCUAUACUCAUAUCCAUUGGACCAUGUCAACUAACAUUGCUCUUUUGCAGGGAGUCGACCGCUACAAGCAUGAGUUAAGAAUGUUGCCAGCGACGCAGGGACAUACCAUCCCCCGUGAUGCCCAAGCGGCCAAGCCUUUCAUUGGGAGAGGUGUAUAG